UAACAUCCCUCGCAGCGAGCCCUAUCUACUUCUUGUAUACUACUCCAACGAAAACGAAAACAAAUAGUUUCUUAUCACAUUGAAUUUAAGUUUAGUCAUCCGAAUAUCUACCACGGCUAAUUAUGUGAUAUAUACACAAAAAUAACAACCCAAAGACUCGCGCGCGAAAACUGAUAAUAUGAGUAACGGCGAGAAUAGGACAAAAUCACGAAGCCAAAACCAAGGCCAAGGUGCUGCUGAUGGCAAUGCGAGUGGGAGUUCAGCAGCGCCCACGGCGAUCGGGUCCACAGAACGGAAUCGACCCAGCAAUGCAGCCAGCCAGGGAAUGCUAGCUGCCGGCAGCUCGGAACAGAGCACUGCAACAACAUCUGCGUCGAAGGAGAAGCGCAGCUGGUUCCAUUCGCUGACCAGACGCAAGAAGUCGGAUUCAGCGCUGGCCAGCUCGAGUUCAACAGUUGCCGUCGGCACGCAUUCGGUGCAGCUACAAAACAACAACAAUGAGCCGAUUGCCGGGGCCAUAGAGGCUAGCUCCAGCACAGCUGCAUCCGUUAGCAACAGCAGCAGCCUCGGCGGAGCUCUGCGCAAGCGUAAGGACAAGAAGAAUAUGUUCUCGCGUAUACGCAAGAAGAUGGGGCUGGGCCUGAGCGCCCUGCGCAACUGGCACUCCAUGGGCGAUGAUUGCGAUUGCGAUGGCGGCACCACAGAUGCAAUGUACGAGUUUCUGGCGCCGCCCAUACGCGUGGAGCCCUCGUUACCAUUCACGCAUGAUUAUAAGCGAUUCAUACGAAAAAAGUGGAUGGAGCGACAGGAUACGCCAAACGAGGUCAUGUACAAGGCCUGCUUGGAAAUGCUCAAUCAAGUUUGGUACUGGGGCGAGAUUUCGCGUCGCGAUUCCCAGCGCCAGCUGAGCGAUAAGCCCACCGGCUCGUUUUUGGUACGAGAUUCGGAAACGAGCGGCUCUCAAUUUACGCUCAGCUUUCGCAUUGUGAACGUCACGUUGCAUUAUCGUCUGGAGUAUCGAGAUGAGUUUUGGCACUUUGAGGAAUUGAAAUACGAGUCGAUUGUUGAUAUGAUUAAGGACAUUCUGCAUCGCUGCACAAAUGAUAAUUUCGUGUGCUUUGUUAAGGUGCCGAACGAAAUGCAGCCACCCUUUCCAGUGAUACUCAAGUAUCCAUUAAGUCGUUACUUAAACAUGCCCAAACUGCAGGAUCUGUGUCGGCGUGUGCUGCAGAGUCAAAUGACCGUUGCUGAGCUGGCCCAGCUGCCAGUGCCAGCCCAAAUGCUGGAAUAUCUAUCCGUUGAGCGUGAAUUGGUAUUUCAAAGCUAGGCGCAUGGCCGGUGCCUGGUAUUAGCUUUAAAUCCUAGUGAAGAGCACAGUCUAAGAAACCAAAGAGGUUAAGAGGCAGCUACACAGUUAACGGCACUGCCAGAAGUUAAAUAUAUAUAUAUAUAUAUACUAUAGAUUGAAUUGGAAUUGCUCGAUCCGGAUCUUAAUCUUGAGAGCAAACAUAAACACAAA